AUGAAGUGGAAGACGGACAGCGAGGUCGCCGUGAUCACGCAGAACUUCACGCGGCGCUGCGGGACGCGGACGGAGAACGAGGACUGGAACAUCUACUGGGCCAACGCGGCGACGGUCAAGGGCAUCUUCCACCCGGAGAGCGGGCAGCGCCUCGGCGACGCGCAGCUCAUCAACCACUACCCGAACCACUACGAGCUCACGCGCAAGGACCUCAUGGUGAAGAACAUCAAGCGCUACCUCCGCGACGCGUCGCGCGACGCGACGGCCGAUCUGCCGCCGGACUUCGUGCCCGUGACGUACAUGCUCCCCGCGGACUACAGCCUCUUCGUCGAGGAGUUCCGGCGCUGCCCCAACGCCAUGUGGAUCAUGAAGCCCGCCAACGCCGCCCAGGGCCGCGGCAUCUUCAUCAUCAACAAGCUCUCGCAGAUCAAGCGCUGGAGCAACGGCCGCUGGGCGAACAUGCCGCUCAAGGAGGCCUACGUGAUCUCGCGCUACAUCGAGGACCCCAUGCUCAUCGGCGGCAAGAAGUUCGACCUGCGGCUCUACGUGCUCGUGACGUCCUACCGGCCCCUCCGCGUCUACCAGUACGACGCGGGCUUCGCGCGGUUCUGCAACGUCAAGUACAGCAGCCAGGCGGGCGAGCUCAACAACCCCUUCAUCCACCUGACGAACGUCGCCAUCCAGAAGCACAACGACGACUACAACGUCAAGCACGGCGGCAAGUGGAACCUGCAGCACGUCCGCCUCUUCGUCGAGGCGACGUGGGGCCGCGAGGCGUCCGCGAAGCUCUUCGACGACAUCGACCGCAUCAUCAUCCACUCGUUGAAGGCCGUCCAGGGGUCCAUCAUCAACGACCGCCACUGCUUCGAGUGCUACGGCUACGACAUUCUGAUCGACGCGCGCCUCCGUCCGUGGCUCGUCGAGGUCAACGCGUCGCCGUCGCUGUCGACGACGACGCACAGCGACCGCGUCAUGAAGAUGGCCCUCAUCCGCGACGUGCUGGACGUCGUCCUGCCCAAGGACAUCACGAACUACCGCGGCGCGUUCACGCUCGGCCCCUGCGAGGACGCGGGCGGCUUCUCGGUCCUCUACGACGAGGCCCUCGAGGCCCAGCUCAAGGCCGAGGCGGAGCAGGCCGCGCCGAACCGCGGCGCCCAGCGCCGCGGCUCCCAGGCCGGCGCCAAGCAGGCCCCGAGCCGCUUCUUCUGA